UUACGCGGCUAAAGAAUGACGUCGAAAACGAGUUGUGCUCUCAAAAAAGUUAUUUGAAGUGUAUUUUGACGUUUGUGAUGUUAUUGUGGCUACGGUACCUGAAACAGCUGGAGCUGGCGUGCGCUAGUGUCGCCGAGUUGCCGCCAGGCGGCGUGGACGACAAAAUGUGUGAGGACGAGGAAUGGGGAAACGAGACCGAGGCGAUGCCGGCAGAACCUCAUACGCCAAGUUCCGGAGGCGAGCGCGUUGCCUCCAGCGGUGCUGCAUCCCCGGAAUCUGGGAGCUCUCCGACGCCCUCCCCACCCAGAUUGCGCCUUAACACAAACCUCGCUACGGAUCCUGCGCUCGCGCCUCAGGCGACUACGCUCAAACACGAGCCUCCGUCACCUUCGCCGCCACCACCAUCCGUGCAGCAAGCCAGAGAUUUCAUUGCGCUCACCGCGGCAAACUUUCCUGCCUUAUUUCCUGCUGCAAUCUCCACAGCCCCAGGAUAUAAGUGUAUGCCGUGUGGAAUACGAUAUUCCUCGUUAAGCACACUUCAAGCACAUCAAGAGCAUUAUUGCUCUAAAAGACCAUCUAAAACAGAUAACAAUGAUUCGUCAAAUGAGCAAACAGCUAAUAGUGAAUCUGGUGACAGCAAGACAAAUCGGCCAGUGGGAAAACAAUAUGCUUGCACCUACUGCUCUUAUAGCGCUGAUAAGAAAGUCAGCUUAAACCGUCAUAUGCGAAUGCAUUCAUCGUCUCCGAUUAGUACUAGCACACCGGUGCCACCACCUGCCUCGAACGGUGAAACUACAGAAGGUUCGCCAGCGCAAGACAGAUAUUGUGUGGACUGUGACAUUCACUUUACCUCUGUUAACACUUUUCGAGCUCACAAAGAACAUUAUUGCAACACUAGACAAGUUGUGAAGCAAGCAGUGCUGGCAGCUGCUAGAACAGGAUCGGCUACAUCAGGUUCUGCGCCUCCUUCACCCGGGACUACUCCACCUGCGCAAAAUCAAUAUGCACUAGCAUUACCAACUAACCCAAUAUUAAUAGUACCGUAUUCCCUAUUACGAAGCGCUAGUACGUUGCCAGGGGCGACGUUACCGGAUCCUGAUACUCCAUGUUUCUUAUUACCGAAUGGUACAUUCCAACCAAUAAACCGACAUAUACCAAAUAUGAAUACAGAUAUUAAAGAGGCAGAAGUUUUAAAAUCAGCAAAUAGACCUCGUGAGGCGUCUAGAGAUGCCGCAACUCCUUUAGAUCUGACCGUUAGACGCACACCUGAAUCGGUGACCACUGAUGACCAUGAGAAGGAAAAUCGAAUACGUUCUGCAACACCAGAACAGAUUGUAUGUGCUCCUUCCCUUCCCGCUUCACCCGCCACGCCCUCACCUUCCAGGCUAUCUUCCUCUCCAAGUGGUGAAAGUUCACCGAAACGAAGGCGAAGAAAUUCAAGAGACCCCACACCGAAACCUCUCAGGUUACCGUCUCCUCCAGAAGAAAAAUUCAGCUCCGUUGUGCCACCUCAAAUAAUCCCAUCACUGCCUUUAAGACUUCCAAAAGACAUGCCAAUCACAACCGCAUCACCUCAAGUGCUAGUCAAACAAGGAGUAUCGAAAUGCAAAGAAUGCAAUAUUGUCUUUUGCAAAUAUGAGAACUAUCGAAUUCAUAAAAGGCAUUACUGUUCGGCUGGAGGAGAGGAACGCGCAAGUCCAGCGCCUCCGGAACCCGGACCUCCUCCACAAUAUCGACAACUGAUCUGCCUUGCGUGUGGCAUACAUUUCAGCUCGCUGGAUAACUUAACUACGCAUCAAUUGUACUACUGUACAAAAAGGGAGACUCGGUCCCCAAGAAGUAUACCCGAGGUGCCAAGGCCUCCGUCUGGUUCUGAAGGAGGUUGGAAAUGCCCAUGUUGCGAGGUGGUUUCACCGACCGCAGCCGCCGCUCAACGGCACAUGGAAGCUCACGCUGGCGUCAAAGCUUUCCGUUGUACAAUAUGUCGAUAUAGAGGAAACACCCUGCGAGGCAUGCGAACACACAUUCGUAUGCAUUUCCGAGAGAAGCCGUCUGACUUACAGGAGGAGAGCUUUAUUUCGUGUGUUCUGGAAGAUGACACCCGCGAGACUACCUCGCCCAGCCCUGCAGUGGGGGAACGCAUACACCGCUGCGGAAGCUGUGCAUACACAUCCACCUACCGCGGAAAUGUAGUUCGCCACGCCAGGCUCGUCCACGCUACUGAAGAUCCGGAACCGGAAGAAACCUCACCAAUCCCGCAAGUCGAUAUUAAAAAGGAACCAGAGAUCGAUGAAGACACUCCAAACUAUUGUAAAUCCUGCAAUAUAUCUUUUAAAUACGUAAACACGUAUAAAGCACAUAAGCAGUUUUAUUGCAAAGCCGCAACACAAGAUGCAACAUCGAAUAAUAAUGUUCCCGCGUGCGUUAAUGAUGCUCCUGUUGUAUAGAUUGCCAUAUUAAAGAAUAUCAUUGUCUUCAUAGAAAAGUAAGCCUUUUACUAGUCUAUUAUAAAAUGACAUUUCAAAGGCGCUAGAGGUACUUCCAUAGACUUAAGAAAUAUUAUUGACAUAUUUACUAAUAUUAAUUACCCUAAUUUAAAAUUGGCAAUUUCUCUAAAUGCUAUUCCACUUACCUGUUCUUAAUGUAACAACAUAUCUUAAAAUAUUUCAAAUUAUCUGAAAGUCAUAAAAUAUGCGAUAAAGCUUUGCUUUUAAAAUUAUUGGAUACAUAAAUAUUAAGUGCAAUAUAAAUCGAUUAUAAUCAUAUCAAUCAAUACUUCAUUCGAUGUAGACUGAAGGGUGACGUGAAAUCUCGUUGUAAAUAUUUCUGUUCUGUAAUUGUUAUGUAAAUGUAUUGUUAGUGUUACCUUUCCAUCUUAUUAGUAUACUUUAAUACCAAAACUGUAAAUAAUUGUAAAGAUAUUAUUGCAUUAACUAAAUUUUAUUACCAUUCGUUGUAAGAUUGUUCUUUCUUUGUUGUUUUGUUAAUUUUUAAUCUUUGCUGUUUUAAAUCAACUGAUUAUUUUUUUUAUCUUCUUUAACAUCCAAUUGAGUUAAAUAAAUAUUAUAUUCUGAGGGUGAGAAUUAAAACAUGUAUUCAAAUAAUAAUAACAGUUUUUAUCUAAGUAUCGUUAUUAAAUAAUUAUAGGCAUUAUGGAUAACUAGUUGAUUUAAAAUAGGUAUGGUAAGUGCGCCAAGCAAGCAAUGCUCAUUCCACGAUAAACAAGGCAGUGUUCUAAAUGAUAUUGCAACUUGGCAAUCUAUAGGAGGUUUAAGUUUUUACCUAAUAAUUUUAAAAUCUCAUUUUUAUAAUCGGGUAUGCAAUAUCAUUUCUCUAGAGAACUCAGAUACUUCAAUAGAUUUGUGAUACGUAUUUGUAGUCUUACGAUUUACAUAUUUAGGACGAUUCAAGUUAAUAAAAUUAUAUGGUUAUUUGGGGCCGGAUAUAAUUUUCCUUUCACAGUUUUCAUCUGUAAAUUGUAGUUUAAUACCGAUUGUAUGGAUAUCUAAGCUUAACGAUCACUAUGGUAAUCGUUUAAAAUAAAUUAUAAACGUAAAUCUACCUAUCCAGCGUACCUAUACCUUUUUAAAUUAUCGAUAUUGAUGACGAAUUAUGAUUUUAUAUUCGGCCUAGUAAAAAUCAAGGGUACAUGUUUUGUCUAUGCCAAAGCAUCGCUAGAUUAAUCGUAUGCAUUUAUAGAUAUCUCACUAAUUAUAACUAUGUAGAUUUAAGUGAAUACAAGACUUAUUCCGUAGAUUGUAUUCAUUUGUGCUUGUCGUUGGAAUAAGUCUCGAUUAUGGCAACAUCACGGUAAAAUGUCUAUGACCUGUAAAAAAGGAACAAUUAAAAAUUACAAUCAUAAAAGUUUAUUGCAAGCAAACGUUUUCUAUGCUGAU